UACUCCCCUUCUUCCUCACCGCAAUGUCGAAGCGCAGCACGGCGUGCACGGCCGUGCUCGACGGCGAGCUGCGCACGUCGCUCGUCCACUUGCCCUCGCUGCUCUACGCGCCGCUGCUCGAGCGCAACAUUGCGCCGCAGAGCCUCGUCGUCGAGCUGGUGCGCCGCGCGCCCUCGGACGCCUCGGACGCAGAGGCGCGCCGCGACACGGUGUACUGCGGCUGGAGCGGCCUCUGUGCACCGAGCACGCCUGCCGGCGGCGGCAGCAGCAGCAGUGCGCCGUCGCUGAGCAACCCGCUCAGCAUCUCGCCGCUGCUGGCCCGCUCCUUCGAGCCGCCGCUCGCGACGCACGAGACGCUGUCGCUCGUGCUGCUGCGCGCUCCGCCGCUGCCGACCGCCUCGUCGAUCAACGUCACGCCGUGCGGGCCGGACGAUUGGGAGGUCCUGGCACGGCAUGCCGGCGAGGUCGAAGACGGCAUGCUGGCGCAGGUGCGCGCCGCCAAACAGGGCGCGGUGAUCCACAUUGCCGUCGGCAAGGGCGACAGCGUGGGCAUGCGUGUUGACACAACGACGCCGUCCACCUCUGGCGAGUCUGGCGCCCGAGCCGUCCGCCUCUCCACUUCCACAGAGGUCAUCAUCGCGCCCGUGCCGCGGGCUGUGAUACCGCCACCAGCUUCGGCCUCCACCUCCUCGAGUUCCGAUGCGGCUCGCUCGUACCUUGCGCGCACGCUCUUUCGCGCUGUCCCGUGUGCAGGCAGCGCAAUGCUCGUCCCUGCCUCUCUGGCACAGACUCUGCGCGAUGCAUUUGGGGAGAGCCAGCGCGCCAGCAUCUCGACGGUCGCCUGUCCAGCGGCGCCCGACUUGAGGCCCGGGCUUGAUGCGCGUGAGGCGGACUCGGCGAAGCACCCGACGCGGAAUGCCGUCUGGGUGGAACGCGACGCCGCGCAGGAUGCGCGAGACGUCUGGGUGGGGCAGGACACCCUCAAGCAGCUCGGCGCCCAAGGCGGUGACAUGAUUUUAUUCUCGGCUCCCUCGCCAGUCCCGCUUGCGAUGCCCGCAGAGGUCCCCAGCUCGCCCAUAUCGGGGGGCGAGCCGUCUCUGCCAGGACUUGACGCGCCUCUGAAGCAGGCGUCGGCAUUCUUUGUGUCCAGCCUCCGGUCAAGCUCGCUUCUGCAGUCAGCAGCCGGCGCUCUCCACAUCACGGGCUCAUCUGGAUCAGGCAAGGCGACACUAGCCGCUGCGCUACUGUCGUCCUUGUCGCCUGCCCUUGCGCCGAUACGCGUGCGGUGCUCGAAGCACGCCGACGUGCGUCCGGCCUCGUUGCGCAAGCUGGCGGCUCAGUGGGUGGCAGCAGCAGCGUGGCAUGCGCCUUCCGUGCUUUGGCUGCAGGACGUCGAGCGUCUCGCGCCACAGGAGAUGGAGCACGCAGACGGCGCGCACUCCCGUGCCUGUGCUGAGGCGCUCGUCGCCGCCCUCGAGCAGCGCCCUGCCAACGUGUUCGUGCUGUUGACCAGCUCGGGCGCCACCCACUCGACCCUGACGACGAGCAGGCUCGUUGCCGAGACGCUUCAGCUGCGGCCGCCAGACAAGAAUGCUCGCAAAGCAAUACUCGACGCCCUCAUUACAGCCAAGGUUCGCGAGUCCGACGGGCUACAAGCGCAGGACCUCAAUCUCGUAUCGCUGGCCAACGAGACCGAAGGCUUCUACCCGAACGACUUGCAGGAUCUGACGGAGCGCGCAGUGACGCAGGCUGCCAUGCGCAGCGCGCAGCAAGACGGCAGCCACGAUCUGACGCAGCCAGACUUUGCUCUCGCGCUGGACGGCUUUGUGCCGCUGUCGCUGCGCGAUGUCAAGCUGGAGAAGUCCAGCGUGGCGUGGUCCGACAUCGGCGGCCUGGUCGAGACACGUCAGGUCCUUCGCGAGACGCUCGAGUGGCCGACCAAGUACGCGGCCAUCUUCGCAGGCUGUCCCUUGCGCCUGCGCAGCGGCCUGCUGCUGUAUGGCUACCCGGGCUGCGGCAAGACUCUGCUUGCCAGCGCCGUGGCCAAGGAGUGCGGCCUCAACUUCAUCGCGGUCAAGGGCCCCGAGAUUCUGAACAAGUACAUUGGCGCCAGCGAGAAGAGCGUCCGCGAUCUGUUCGACCGCGCCCAGGCGGCGAAGCCUUGCGUGCUGUUCUUUGACGAGUUCGACUCGAUCGCCCCGAAGCGUGGACACGACAGCACCGGCGUGACUGACCGAGUCGUCAACCAGCUCCUGACGCAGAUGGACGGCGCGGAGGGCCUGUCGGGCGUGUACGUACUCGCCGCGACGUCGCGGCCCGACCUCAUCGACUCGGCGCUGCUGCGUCCCGGCCGCCUCGACAAGUCGCUGUUGUGCGACAUGCCCUCGACCGAAGAUCGGCUGGACAUUCUCAAGGCCGUCUCGCGCAAGGUCAGUCUGAGCCCCGCCGUCGAUCUGCAGCGAUGGGCGCAGCAGACAGACGGCAUGUCGGGCGCAGACUUGCAGGCUCUGCUGUACAAUGCCCACCUCGAGACGAUUCACGAGAGCAUUGCUGCCAGCGCACGGCCAGACGCGGACGACGCCAGCACCAAGAAGACGAAGACAGCGGAGCGCGGUCUGCGCUUUGUCGACCUCAAGACCGCCGCAGCGAGCCACGCCGCCCCUGCGCUCUCCAACGCGGACCGCACGGCCUUGACGCGGCGCCUCGAGCAGAUGCUCGACGCCUCGCCUGCCCAGGGGUCCGUCUCCUCCGCGGGCGAGGCUCAGCUCGAGCGCAAAGCCAAGGUGCUCGUUACAGACGAGCACAUCGCGCGCUCGCUCAAGUCGACGCGCCCGUCGGUCCCGCGCGAGGAGCAGGAGCGGCUGCGGCGCAUUUAUGCUGCCUUUGCCGGCGAGCGCGACGCGGUGUUCCCCAGCGGCGAGGCGAGCCAAGAGAUCGGCGCCCGCGAAUCACUCAUGUGAGCGCGGUGGGACGGUAAUGCAUUUUGCGCUGGAAUGCGA